ACCAUGCCCUACAACUGCUGCUCUGGAAACUCCUUCUCUCGGUCCUUUGGGGGCUACCUGCGCUACCCGAGGUCUUCCUGUGGCUCUUCCUACCCAAACAACUCGUUCUACAGUGCAGGACUCCAAUCUCCCAGCACAUGUCAGCCAGGCUCCUCUUUGUACAGUGGUUGUCAGGAGCCUGGCUGUGAGCCCACCAGCUGCCAGACUUCCUAUGUGGUGUCUAGCCCCUGCCAGACAUCCUGCUACCGCCGGAGGACCUCCACAUGCUGCAAUCCCUGUGGGACAAUUUACACGGCGUCUCAGGGCUUUGGAUCCAGCAGCUGCAACUCCCUGGGCUGUGGAUCCAGAAGCUCCUAUUCCCUGAGCUGUGGACCAAAGAGCUGCCACUCCUCAGGCUGUGGAUCCAGUGGUUUUAGACCCCUGGGUUAUAGAGUCCAUGGCUUUCCUUCACUGGGUUAUGGAUCUGGGUUCUGCCGCCCAUCCUGCUCAGCCUCUAGGACCUGCCAGUCUUCUUGUUUCCAGCCAACCUGUUGGUCUGGAUCCAGGGUCUGUUGA